AUGUCCUUCCUGUGGUACGGCAUCGCCGCCAACUGGAGCUCGGUGGACUCGGGCGUCAACAACAAAAUAGACUUCCUGGUGAUGUUGGCCUACCUCGUGCUGGUCCUGAUCAUCGCGAUGUGGGCCAUCCUGACACACAACCGCGGGAGCGUGGAGGACUUUUUCCUGGCGGGCCGCAGCCUGGCGUGGUGGCCGAUCGGUGCUUCUCUGUACGCCUCCAACAUUGGCCCCACCCACUUCAUGGGCCUGGCGGGCAUGGGCGCGGCCUCGGGCAUAGCCGUGGGCGCUUUCGAGUGGAAUUCUCCAGUUCUGAUCUUUGCUCUUGGUUGGAUAUUUUCUCCUAUCUACAUUAACGCCGGGGUAGUGACGAUGCCAGAAUAUCUGAGGAAGAGGUUUGGUGGCUACCGGAUCCAGUUGCUCCUCGCUAUUCUGUACUUAUUCCUCUAUCUCUUCCAAAAGAUCUCAGUGGAGAUCUGCGUGGGCGCCAUGUUCAUGGGGCUGAUCCUGGGCAUGGACGUGUACCAGGCCACCAUGGUACUGCUCAUGGUCACCGGCGUCUACAUGAUCUCAGGUGGCUUUAUCACGUUAAUUUACACCGACAUCCUGCACGCCAGCAUCAUCGUCCUGGGCUCACUCUUGGUGAUGGGCUUCGCUUUUAAGGGAGUGGGCGGGUACAGUGAGCUGCUGGCUAAGUAUCCCAACGCGAAGCCCAGCAUCAUCCAGGAGGGAAACUGGACCGCCGCGCCGGAAUGCUACAGCCCUCGCGAGGACUCGUUCCACAUCUUCCGAAACGCCAUCACGGGGGACCUGCCCUGGCUGGGCGUCGUCUUUGGCAUCCCCAUCAUCUCCGUGUACUACUGGUGCAGCGACCAGAUCUUCGUGCAGAGGUGCCUGGCGGGGAAGAGCAUGUUCCACGUGAAGGGGGGCUGCGUCCUGUGCGGGUACCUGAAGCUGCUGCCCAUGUUCACGGUGGUGAUGCCGGGCAUGAUCAGCCGCAUCCUGUACACAGACAAAGUGGCCUGCGUCACACCUGCGGAGUGCGAGAAGCACUGCGGCUCCAAGACCUCCUGCAGCCCCAUCGCCUACGCCCUGCUCAUCGUGGGGCUGCUGCCCAAAGGUGCCCGGGGCCUGAUGCUGUCCGCGCUGUGGGCGUCCCUCAUGUCCACCCUGACUUCCGUGUUCAACAGCGCCAGCACCCUCUUCACCGUGGACAUCUACCCCCAGAUCCGGCCCACAGCCACCGAGAGGGAGCUCAUGGUGACAGCCAGAUUUUUCGUGAUCAUCUUACUAAUUGUCACCAUCGUCUGGGUCCCUAUAAUUCAAGCGAUAGACAGCGAGCAGCUGUUUGAGUACAUGCACGCAGUCAGGAGCUACCUGGUGCCCCCCAUCGCCGCCAUCUUCCUGCUCGCCAUAUUCUGCAAGAGGGUCACUGAGCAGGGGGCCUUCUGGGGGCUGAUCGGCGGGCUGGUGAUCGGCUCCAUCCGGAUGGUGACCGAGUUUUCCUACGGACGCCAGACCUGCUCGUCAACCAACAAGUGCCCUCCGGUCAUCUGCGGCGUGCACUACCUCUACUUCGCCAUCUUACUCUUCAUCAUCAGCCUCUUCACCAUCAUGGGCAUCUCCCUGCUCACAGACCCCAUUCCGGACAAGCACCUGCACCGCCUCUGUUGGAGUUUACGCAACAGCCAGGAGGAAAGGGAGGACCUGGAUGCGGAGAUGCAACUGAAGAGGACGGUGCUGCAGAUGCGGCCCGGGAUAAGGAAGGGGACCGAGGGCUGCUUCUGGAAUGCCUUGGACAUAUACUGUGGCCUGGAGCCGAGGCUGACCGCCAAGGUGGCCCCGGAAGAGCAGACCAAGGAGGAGCCCGGGUCCACGUCUGAAGAGCCGGAGCAGAGCGCCUCGCCGGAAGGCACUAAGCCGUGGGAGGCGCCGGAGCUGCCGUUGCGGGAGAAAGUGGCCGAGGCCAGCGGGCUCCUCCUGCUCCUGUUCACGGCCCUGCUCCACGCACUCUACCACUGA